AUGUCUGCCCAUUAUCGCAUCAAUCCGGGUGUCGUCACCGACACCGGCAACAACCGCCAGGGCAACUAUCAAAGCUACCUCACAACCGAAGUUGGCAGUACUCAGCAUGACGGCUCUGCGACCCAUGGUCAUCAGGUCAACCAUGGCGUUGACAACAUGAACGCCGUUAUGAGUCAGUUCAGCAGCCUUGCCUUGCCUCCUGGUCCUGGCAACCCGACUGCCCCUCAAAACCAGGCUGGUCACCAGUAUUACAUGCAGGACCAGCAAGUUGCUUACCAGACUUACCCUGUGCCCAUGCACGUCGGCGUUCCCCCCGAGGCGGCUUACCAGAUUGGCGUUGCCGGACAGUACCCUGUUCAGGCUGGAUAUGCGCCCCUGCCUAUUCCUUACCAUUCUGUGCCUUACACGCCUGGCCGUGUCGCCUCGUACGGUGAGCGCAGCAGCGAGGCUCCUGGGCUCGAGAACCGUAGGGGCUCGUACUCCACCAACGAGUCCACCCCUGCUACCCCUUUCUUUGGCACUUUCUCGGACCGUGGUGGUAAUGGUCGAAUUGCUGUGAUCCGCUCCAGCUUCAACACUCCUUCCCCGGAGCAGGUUGUUGCAUCUGGCGGUGUUGUGAAAUCCGCCCCUAUUGUCGACGAGGAGCUGCUAGCUCUGCUCAAGCAGAAUCCUCCCAUCCCUGACGCGGUUCCUGCCGUGUUCACCCCGCCCACUCACACCAAGUCCAUCGAGCAGUGCCUCGAGAACCGCAUUCAGGGCAAUCGCAACGUUUACAUUCGUGGCCUUCAUCCCACCACUGACGAUGAGUUGCUGCUUCGUUAUGCUUCCCGCUUCGGCAAGGUUGAGCAGAGCAAGGCGAUCAUUGACACGUCUACUGGAGCUUGCAAAGGCUUCGGCUUUGCCAAGUUUGCCAAUGUUCGUGAUUCGGAGAAGUGCAUCCGUGGCUUCCACCAUCUGGGCUAUGAGGUUGGCUUUGCUCGCGAGAGCUUUAACGCCCGUCUCAAGGCAGAGGGAGAUGAGAGCUCCACCAACCUUUAUUUGUCCAACUUGCCCAAGCGUCUGACUGAGGCGGAGCUGAAUGCUAUCUUUGUUGGCUAUCACAUUGUCUCCAGCAAGAUUCUCAGAGAUAGCAUGGGUAACAGCCGCGGUGUCGGUUUUGCUCGCUUCGAGACCCGUGAUGAGUGCGAGGAUGUCAUCAAGAAAUUCCACGGUGCCCCGAUUGGAGAGGAGGGAAUGCUGAUGCAGGUUCGCUACGCCGACACUCCGGCGCAGAAGGAACUCAAGCGCAUCACGGCUGAGCGCCGCCAGUUCCGCACCAACGAGUACAACAUUGGCGCAUACGGAACUGCGGAUGUCGGCAUUCAUCCCAGCAUCUACAACCACCAGGCUCCGUGGAACCGUCGCAUUAGCGCCGGCCACUCGUCUGAUACUUCGUUUGCUUCCGGCGCCCGUAUCCUCAUUAACGUCAACAGCGACAGUGGAAUGGGUUCUUCCAUGUCUCAGGGUGGAAGCCAUGCGGUCAGGCCGGGUAACCUGACCACCGGCGCAUCCUCUUCGGAUGACGGAUCAGCGGACGAGGGCGUCACGAUCGUCGAGUCCGGUACGGUUGCAAACGGCAGCACCCAGUCAUCGCCCACAAUCAAGAAGGAGAAGCCGUAG